AUGCAGGACAAUCACCAACAAGAACAACAAAAGCUCCCCCAGCAAAACUGGUCUCCGACUCAAUACCUGAAAUUCGCAGACGAACGCACCCGUCCCGUACAUGACCUCGUCACACGGGUCCGCCCGUUGCUGACGACCCAGACGCCGCGAAUCUUCGAUUUGGGCUGCGGUCCGGGAAACAGCACGGCCGUGUUAGCCUCGGUGUGGGAAAAUGCGCGGAUCACGGGGGUAGAUGGGAGUUUGGCCAUGGUGCAGCGGGCACGGGAGAGAUUCCGUGCGUCGGCGGAAAAGGCGGGGACAGUUGAAGGCGAAGAAGGAAGAAAACAGAUUGAUUUCCAACACGCAGAUAUAACUCAUCUGACACUGCCCUGCACACCCAAUCCCCCCGACCUCGUCCUUUCAAACGCCGCGUUCCACUGGCUUCGCACGCCCACGCGCCUGCAAACCCUGCGUCGGCUUUUCCAGGCCCUGGCCCCGGGCGGCGUGUUAGCGCUGCAGGUACCGGAUAACUACGAGGCGUGGACGCACCGGGCGAUGCGGGAUGUAGCCGUCCUAUCGAAUCGGCCGUGGUCGCGGUACUUCGAGGGUGUGGGGGUGGGAAAUGUGCAGGAUGAGACGAGGCCGGAUUUAGAUCCUAUCGAGGCGCCGGAACUGUGGUAUCAGUGUCUUGCGCCACUGGCUGCGGGGGCUGAGUCUUUGGGUGGGGAGGGCAGGGCGCGGGUGGAUUUGUGGAGGACGGAGUAUAUGCAUGUUGUUGAUGGGGUUGGGGCGAUUGUCGAGUGGGUUAAAGGAACGGGGUUGCAGCCUUUUUUGCAGCAGAUUGAGGGGGCGGAUGUUGGGGAGGUUUCAUGUGAGGAGAGGGAGGAGGCGAGGAGGGCGUUUUUGGAGGAGUAUGAGAGGGCGUUGGGGGAGAGGUAUUCGUGGGAUGUGGGAGGGGGUAAGGUGAUUUUGGGGUAUAGGAGAUUGUUUGUUGUUGCUGUUAGGGGGGGUUGA